UUCCCUCCACGGAGGCUUAUGAGUUGAGGAGUUGUGGUUCACAGUCUCAUCACAUUUCAUAGUUCUACGGAAAACAUCGGUCGAAGGAAAGAUCAAGAAUGUUUUUGGAAGGUUGUAUUUAUCGACUCUGAGUUGUAUGUCAAUUGAAUCGCAGAUAGUUUAUCCUUCGAAUGGAUCCGUCUGCGUCGCUCACUCGUAAAAUCUUGAAAUCUGCUCAUACAAUUGUCUUGAGUAUCGUCACCAUGUAUUGAGAAUCGUCAUCCUGUUGUUCAGCUGUCACAUCUUUCUGGGCGCUUUGUGGGAAGAACGGGUGGCAAAAGGAAUGACUUUUGAAGCAUUUGAAUCUAGGGAUUGCUGAUGAUAAAGGUGUUUGGGCAAAUCAGAUUCAUGAGCAAUUUUUGAGUGUGUAGGCUCGUUUCAUCUUCCGGCCUCAGCAUAGUAUUGAGGACCUGACCACGAAGGACCCGUCAAGAAUCUGCAGUGAGGAGACAUGGAUAUAGAGAUGGCAGCUUUCAUGCUUGAAUGAAAGGAAGGGUAUCGAGGUGAUGAGGUCUGUCGAUUGAUGCGCUGAGGUGAUCACACAUCCCCACAGAAAGUGUGCUGAUGGCUAGCGGAGACAUGGCUCUGUCACGAACUUACUGGCACACGAACAAUUGGGCUGUACUGGUGUGCACUUCUCGACACUGGUUCAACUACCGACAUAUGACGAACACUCUUUCUCUUUAACGGACUGUAAAAUGACUAGGGAUACCGGAUGACCAAAUCAUUCUGAUGCUCGCCGAUGACAUGGCCUGCAAUGCCAGGAAUAAAUACCCUGUGCAAGUUUUCACCAACGAGGAUCAUCGACUCAACCUUUACGGUGACAACGUGGAGAAGGAUUACAGAGGCUACGAAGUGACGGUCGAGAAGUUCUUGUGCUUGCUGACGGGGCGACAUGAUGCUGCGGUGCCUCGAUCCAAGCGGCUGAUCAGUGAUGAAAAUAGCAACAUCUUGCUAUACAUCCUACACAUGCUGGAAUUUCUGAUCAGAUCUUAUCACCUCCAAGACUCGUCAUGGAGGUGAUCAGUUCUUGAAGUUCCAGGAUGCUGAAGAUAUACAGAGUAAUACUUUGCCUGACGCUUUUGCUCAUAUGAGGAAAAAACUAUACACAGAGUUGCUGGUCAUGGACCAUGACUCAUGGUGGAUACAUGUCAAGUCGCUACACUCCACUCUCAGCUCUACACCCCUGGGCUGUUCGCAGUCGGGCGAAAAUUCGUACUCGCACCAUCUUGAUGCCGAUGUUGGAGUAACUGUGGUGGACUGAUUUACGUGCUGUGCUCUUCAGA